AUGACCCCCGACGAGCGCCUGCGCGAGUGCGCCAAGGCGGAUGACCACGUAACCUUCAUCGCUCUGUGUGAGCGCGAAUCAUCCACCGAGCGCGGUGAUCCGACGCUCAGGGACGAAAACGGCGCGCACUGUCUGCACCACGCGGCGGCGGCGAAUUCGACGACGAUUGUGGACUAUUUAUUACGAAACGGCGUGCGCUGGACCGACGUGGACGAUGAUGGGGAUUGCGCGGGGCAAUACGCGAGCGGCCACGGCCACGGUGCGCUCGCGAGCGCGAUGAUGGAGCACGCGGUGGCGAGCGAGGUGGCGCUCGGCGAGGCGUCGAUGCGAGAGACGAGAGGUGAAUGUCGGCAGAACGAAGAGAGCGAGAGGUAUCUCAAAACACCGGUGAGGUACGACGGCGAUGAUAAGUUGUUGGACGAGGACGGCGACGCGGUGAUGAUGUCGUGGGAGGAGCCGUUGAUGGAGGCGCACGCGGAGGCGCUGUGCGCCUCAGCCGGGGAUGUGAUGAACGUCGGGUUCGGGAUGGGAAUCAUCGACGGACACAUCGCAAAGAGGACGACGAGGAGUCAUACAAUCGUCGAGGCGCACCCGGACGUUCGAGCGCACAUGAUGCGAGCGGGUUGGGACGAGCGGGAGGGCGUGCGCGUGGAGCCCGGACGAUGGCAAGACGUCUUACCGCGGCUGGCGAAAGAGGGGAAAAAAUAUGACGCCAUCUUCUUCGACACGUACGGGGAGGAGUACGACGACAUGCGUCGAUUUCACGCGUUGCUUCCGAAACUCUUACGGAAGGGCGGAAUCUAUAGCUACUUCAACGGGAUGUGUCCCGAUAACAUUUUUUUCCACUGCGUGUACAAUCGCGUGGCGGAGAUCGAACUCGGGCGUUUGGGUUUCGUCCCGCCAAAAGGUCGCGGAAUGUUCACCGUGCACGACAUCGACACAACGGACGCGAAGAUUUGGGAGGGUGUGAAGCGCCGGUACUGGUGGGGCGAUAAGUAUUUCCUCCCGACGUGCGUCUUCGACGGCGACGAAGCGUAA